AUGCGUCCUCCCGGACUGGUCCUCAAACUCUGCCUUCUGGUCAUAUUUUCGGCCGAAUGUUGUCAGUGCCAAUCCACAUGCGCAUUUAUGAAACAGACGCCAUACGAUCUGAGAAAUAUGCCGGAUGAGCCACAAAUUGGUUAGUUUAAAGCUUCUGACUAUUUUAUAAAAGUCCUUCUGCCUUUUUCCAACAUUCUAUGCCGUUUUAUGCGUUAUCAAGUGAUAACUAAUCACUUGUUGGAUUUCCAAAUAUCAACCAUUUUUAGCUCAAAAUCUCACACAUUGCCCGUUCAACGGCCUAUAUUCUUGUUGCACACCCAAAAUCGAAGCCGAAAUGGAAGGAUUCGCUCGACAAAAGAUUGAGCAGUUUGUGCAGUCCCAUGUUGUCACCAUGAGAGGCACCCUCGACGAAUUUGCGAGGAUUUUUCGAAGUAAGUUGAGCGAUGAACACGCUCAUCACAUACAGUUCAAAAAUUGACUGGUGUUGUAAUCGCUAGGCCAGAAUCUGCCUUAUAAAGUUUUUUUUAUUAAUGAGAAAACUUUGAUUUACGAAUUUGUUUAGCUUUUAACUCAUCUGAGAAUAAUGUUCUUUUGAUUUGGCUCAUUAACCGCAAAAACUAAUUCUCCAUGUUUUUAGACCACUUUCGCGACGCACUGAGGAGCACGGAACGCCAGCUGGACCGAAUGUUUCAGCAAACUUAUGGCUCGUUUUAUCGCGACAACGCCAAGGUUAGUCUGUAAAAAGUUUUUGAAAAGAUUUGAUUCAACGAUCGGUUUCCGGCUCGUUGGACGCGUAAUUUUUUAGAGUUAUGUUGAAGCCAAGUAGUGCUUUUUAAAGGUCUAGUCCAAUACGAUAGAUUUGUCCUGUACUCUCUUUAUUUUCACAGUUGGGUUCAAUUAUUCGCCGGACUUUUAAUUUUUCCGUAUCCGCUUGGCCCCUCAAGGCCACACCCUGUCCUUGAGCGAAGUUGAGAGCGCCUAAUAAGUGCCGGUAUUAGAGAAAUUCAAACCGCCGGAUCCGAUUUCAUAUUUGAUUUGACCCAAUAGGAGCUUAUGAAUGACUUUAAGAGGGGUUUUAAAGAAAAUUCAGUUAGACUAUACAUACGAAAAAGCGUUUUAAUUCCGGCGAUGAUUACUCAAGUGUCAAAUUCUAGGUCUUUGCCGAUUUUUUCGACGAAAUUGAUGAACAAUUUGCUGUUGAUGACUCUUCCGCCAGCCUCAAGUCAGCUCUUGGGUCACUUUUUCGGAAAGUUUUCCUUACCGAAUUCAGCCUGAUGAAUCCCAUGCGAGAUGUCUCAAAUGCCGAGCGCCAUUGCAUGGCCCGGUUGCAAAGCCAACUCAAGCCAUUUGGCCAGAUUCCAGCCAAGCUGGCGAUCAUUUUGGAGCGCAUGUUUUUGGGUUGGAAGUUUGUUACCAGUUCGCUGGAGAAGGCUUCAGAGUUGUUGAUACGGAUCAGUGAUAAAAUGGUGCUGCAAAAGGAAUGUGUAAGCAAGCUGAUUGCCAUGCGACAAUGUCAUGUUUGUUCCGGGGCUGGCCCGGAAGCGAAGCCUUGUAUGGGUUAUUGUUUGAAUGUGCUAAAUGGAUGUUUUGCGGAGAUUGCGGAGAUUGAACCUCAAUGGACUGGAUUGAUGGGUGAGUGCGAUUAAUCUUUGAGAUUUUAGAGCUACCUGUCCAAUUCUCUGCUUUGUCGUUUCUGCAAUUUGUUGACAUUCAUGACCUUUGCGUACUCUCUAAUCAGCGCAUACCCUCGGCUUUAGUGUAAAUCAUAAUUAUAUGCCCGUAGUUUUUUUCCUCUUCGAGUCUCCAGCAGAGAGGUCGUCGCCCGGUAAUUACAAAAGGACAGAUCAGCCUGUUUUUAUAUUUGUUUCGUCUUAUCCAUCUCCACGGAAGCGCCGACACAGAUUAUUGCGCAAUUUGAGUUUCGGCGCCCUUUUAGGUACCAAUAUAUAAGUGUGUAAGAACGCUGUAAAUCGAAGAAAAAUGCAUUUAGAUUAAUCAACAAGCUAUGUGCUUUAAUGCGAAUAUUACAUUAACUAGAACAUGUUUUAGAUCAGAAAUUUUUUAUAAGGUUGAUAGAGACUCCUUCAAAAAAAUGUUUUAGGCACCCUUCAACUUCUCUCCAAUCGUUUAAAAUCCGCCAGCAAUGCAUACCACGUGCUGGCUCCGAUUCCGAUCCAAAUUUCGGAGGCUAUAAUGUUGUUUCAAGAACGUGGAAAUACUAUUUCGAAUCGUAUUCUGUUUCAAUGUUUUGAGCCGACGCUCAGAUUCAAAAGGAACGCCGAAGAAAACGUUCUGACCGAUCGACCGAUUGUGAUGAACUCCGAGACUUCCGCGAACAAUGUAAAUUGGCUGAGCGAAAGCUUGGACAGGCUGUACAGGAAAGGAGACGCACUCAAGAAGGACAUGGCUAGGUUUAAUGACAGGGUAAGAUUUUGUUAAGCCGAUGGAGGUUAUGCUUUGGCGAAGUUCGGGUUAAAUUUACAGCGGAAAUAUCCUAAAUACUUGCGCAACUUAACGAAGCUAUUGUUUUAUAAAAUUAUUAAUAAAAAUGCUACCCUUUUCAGCUGAUCUUGAUGAAAGGCGCCUGGCGUCUUCUGCCCACUGCUAUUUGCGCCGAUGGACAAGUGGCCCAAGGUUCUGAAGAGCAGUGUUGGAACGGUCAAACUGUCGGUUCUUAUCGGAAACCAGUAGUUCCUAGCGGAAUCUUUCACCAAAAAAAUAACCCGGAAUUCAGAGAUAUGCAAAUGAACUUAAGCAAAGGUAAUUGCCCGUUAAAUUAUUGUAUCCCCUGUUCUAGCCACCUUCAUUGAUGAACGGAUGACAUUGCAUUCUCUUCGAGUCCAACUGCUCAACAUUUAUGACGGUAAGGCAGCAAAGGCUUCGGAGGUUGAAGCGAGCGGCCUUGAAGAGCUGAACCCAAAUCCAGAUGACGAAGACAGUGUGAGUUGCAAUUUUCAUUGACCUUUGUGUGGUAUGAAGAAGCAUUUGUGCAAACAACGUUAGGUUUUCAGUUCGAAGGCAGUGCCUACAGUAAUUGCGACGACAACACAAAUCAAGCCUUGGAAGAUGUGAAGAUACAGCUUUUGGAGCAAAAAUGGAAAUCUGCCUCUGGCCAUUUAGCACCAUUAAUAUCCACAGCAAUAUCAUUGUUCAUACUACUCAGGUGGCAUUAG